GACGUAACAGCCCGAACAUUGACGUCUCAGCCGAAGUUUGACAAUUGCGCAUUGUUUUCAAUCGAUUUGGUUGGAAAAUUGUGAAAACAAGAGCACUAAACAAAAACAAAGCAGGGCUAGUUUUCACAAGCUACCUUCGCGUACGCGUACUAAAAUGUGCCACUGAACAUGAGUGGACCGAGGGGCGAUGAUUUGACGGACGGUACCACUGCGAACGACCAUCGUACCAGCUGCGUAGAAACGAUGCUGAACAAACGGCCCCGUCUGCUGUCCUUCCAGGGGCUGAGCUCCCAUUCGCGGGCCCUGGGCGAGCGGGACGUUGCCAUGCCGAUGGCAAGCACCUCGUCCAGCUCGCUGGAGCACAUCAAUCGGCGCGAGCAGCUUGCGAACGAUCUGCGCAGCUGGCAGGAAAGUCAAAUCGCUGCCUGCAUCGAUGACAACAUACUGAACAUGGUGCUGGAACGGUACCUGGUCUUCUUCGAGCGUCGAAACAAUCCGAACAGCGCGCAGCAACCGGCGGCCGCGAACGAUGACGAACUGUUUGAGGAUGAAGCGGUUCGUAUGGCCAUCAGUGCAAGAGGUUUGCUGCCUGCAGCGACCGCUGCUGCUGCUCCCCGUACGGACGACAUGGCCGGCCCGUCCACGGUACCAUCGACAUCGUCAUCCCAACCGCAAGCUAUCCGGGUGGUGCGUGAUCCGGUCGAGCAAUCGUCACCAGGACCAAGUUGGCCUGCAGCAGGACCUGCCUUGCAGGACAAUUUCAUCCUCGAGACAGCGGUUGCGGCUGCGAUCCAGGAGAAGGGUCUGGUAACGGGUACUACGGAACCGACUGGCGAAACAAGCGAAGAAGAGGAAGACGAUGGCAGGUAGUGGAGGCACGCGGCAAAGGGUUUAUUUGUAAAUGAGUCUUUAAAUGUAUCGUAUUAGGAAUUGUGCACGUAUCAUCUUAUCUCCUCACGGGCAUCCGCUAACUCGUUUGUAUACCCGUCGUUAGAAGUAACAGCGAAUAAAGUACGGAAUAAUAAUAACGUUA